AUGGCGUUAGAAGGAGUACAUACCGAAGAAGUCUCUAUCGAAGACACAGCCACACACUCUGUUAACUUGGCUCCAAACUCUGCCACAAUUGUUAGGGAAGUAGCGGAUGUGAAAAUUAAAGUCCCCGGACCCAAUGAGAUCACAAUUUACGGCUUUGAUCCGUUGGUUGAUUUGGACUCUAUUCAAAUAACAGGACAUGGGCCGGCUACUAUUACUGACACUCAGAUGGCAUUUGUGGAUCGAAAUGAGAAGUUUGGGGACAUUCUUCCUGAGGCUGAAUUUGGGGACGAUGAAGAGUUACUCGAGGAAGAGGAUUCUGAUGAUGACUUUGGGGUUGAUAAAACGGAGCUUAUAAGUGCUACAAAGGAAAUAACCCGCCUUACAGGUCAGUUACAUGCCGCUGAAAAUACUGUUCAUACAUCACAGAAGUCCAAGAAGUUCCUUGAAGCUUUCGGAUAUGACAUGAAGGCUGGAGAGGUAGACGUUUCAAAACUGGAAGAGUAUCUUGGUCUGUACCAGCGAGAGCACCACGCGUUAACGAUACAAGGGCAGCAGGCCGCAGAAAGGGUGGCUACAUUACAGGAAGAACUUAACGCAGCGAAGAAACUUGAAAAGAAGUUGCGUGCCAAGUUUGAUCGUGCAAGAAAUUCUGCCGCAAUGCCGGAACGUAAAAGGAGGGAGGAAAAGCGAAAAGCCCAAGAGAUAGCACGUUUGCAAAAGGAGAGGGAGAGGGAUGAAAAGAAACAAUUCCGGACGAGGAACAUACCGUCGGGCUUCGUUGGUUGCUCUACCGAAAAAAAAGAUCCCGAGGCAUCAGACCCAUAUUUAGUUACACUGUCGAUAACAUACGUCACUCGAAACGCGAGCUGGUGUCCGCGAUAUGAAUUAAACCUCAAUACCCCAACUUCUUCCGGGAAAAUCGUCUAUCGUGGAGAAUACCGGAAUUAUUCUUCGGAGAUCUGGAAGGAUGCUAAAAUUGUUCUUUCCACAUCGCAAACGACGUUCUCCGGUGUGAAUGAGGUCAUUCCAUUGUUGCGCCCGUGGACUGUGAAGUUGCUCAGGUACGAUGCCCAUACCCAGGUUGUACCGUCAAAAGGCGCCGAUUACUGGAUGGGGGGCUUGGAGAAUCGAAUCGAAGCAGAGGCUCGUUCGAAGCGCCGGAUGCAUGUGGAUGAGCGAGAUAAAACAGUUCGACGGGCAGCUCUACGUCUCAAUAAAAGCCAAAUGCCCGAUCCGUCUACCUUGGAGAAUAUGGCAUACCCUGAACUCGUAAGCGGUGUCGUUGGGGCGCCAAACCAACAUUCUCAAAUUUUACACCAGUCAGCACAUCAAAUGUAUCAGCAAACCCAAGUGGCAGAACCACUCCUCGGAGAUGCUGCUUCAAGUGAAGAAUAUGACGAUGAUGGGGCUGAGACCGCAACGCUUUUAACUGCCUCGAACGCCCUCGCCUUCCGGGAUCAUCGCGGCAGGAUUAUGGCCUCACAACCAAAGUUGGACUUACCCUCCGUUACGUUUUCGCAUGUUGUGAUUCCAAAAUUGAUGCCGGCAGCGUUUCUUAAAGCGAAGAUCUCCAACACCUCGUCAACCACAUUCUUACGAGGCGGAGCGGGUCUGACACUCGACGGAAUUUUCCUUGGGACGACGAUCAUCCCGGACUGCUGUCCAAAUGGCACAGCAAGUCUCUCCCUUGGUGUCGACCCCGGAAUUCAGGUCAAGUACGCCAAACCCAUGGUACGACGUGCAACGACGGGAUUUUUCAACAAGGAAGAUUCUGCUUUGUUUACUCGAACUUGCCGGAUUAGUAACACCAAAUCGACCGCCGUGUCAAUUCUCGUUCUCGACCAAAUCCCCACCAGCGAAGAUGAAAGGCUACGAAUCCGCAUCCUGGAGCCUAAAGGACUUGAUAAAGCUGGAGAUAAAGCCAAAGUAGGGUCUGAAAUCGCGACCUCCAAUGGAGCCUGGGGAAAGGGAUUCGUAAGUGUGGGAAAGGCGGGGGAGAUUAAAUGGGAACUCAAGCUAGAAAAAGGAGCUGAAGUCAAAUUAACGUUAGAGUAUGAAGCUAGGAUUCCGAGUGGGCAAAAAAUCGCGGGCUUGGAUUAA